AGAACAGAAUAUUCAAGAUCAAAUGUGUGAAUGUGUGAUGAUGACAAAUCGAAAUUACUUUAAACGUAACAAAACGUAAAAAAUAACUGAUAUGUGGGUUAAGAGUAUGACGAAUGACUAGUUCACGUAUAAAAAUUAUACUCUGAAACUUAUUUCGUCACACUUGUAAAGACAGUGCUGUAAAGUGUUCACUCGGAUUUCUUUAUUUCUUCAUAAUUUUGUGACUAAAUAGUUAUACUAUAUAGACAAUGGAAUUUCCGCACAUUGGAAGGAAUUGUUCCUACCAGUCAUGUAAUAAACUGGAUUUCCUGCCAAUGAAGUGUGAUGCAUGCAAAGAUGUUUAUUGUUCUGAUCAUUUUGCCUAUGUAAAACAUGAGUGUACUGCAUCCACUGCCAGAGAUGUACAAGUGCCGCAAUGCCCUUUAUGUGGGAGCCCUGUUCCUGGGAAAAGAGGUGAGGCUCCUGACGUUGCAGUGAGCGCUCACAUAGAUAACCAGUGCAUGUCCGACCCAGCCCGGGAGAGGAGAAAAAAGGUGUUCACAAACAAGUGUUCAUACAAGGGUUGCAAGACGAAAGAAAUGGUGCCUCUUGUUUGCGCGGAAUGCUCUCUCAACUUUUGCUUACGGCAUCGCCAUACGGCAGAUCAUACUUGCGACGGUAAAUUAGGAGCCAAGAAGAGACAGGCUGCAAAUGCAGCGAUGGCGCGUAUGAAACAAAACGAGAAGAACAUACAAAAUAGAGGGUUCGUGGCUUCUAUUGCAAACUUUACUACAGUGCAAGGGAAUAUGACCGAAGACGAAGCGUUGGCACAUGCUUUAGCGCUUUCGAUGCAGGAGGAGAAUCGUGACCCCGAAUCGGGCGUUGUACGGGAACUGCUCGGUCAGCGGGUGGGCGGUGAACAGAACUCCCGAUGCUCGGUGUCUUAGCGGAGCACGUUUAUAGCGCCAGUUAGUGCGAUAAAUAAUUGACAGUAACGCCCAGCAGGACUAGCAAAACAGGAGACAAAAAUUAUAUCCCCUGACACAGCAUAUAUUUAACGUGUCCAUCUGCUAAAGAACUGGAACAUGGAAUAGGAGAA